AUGACGUUGAAAAAUGAGGAUAUACAAGAGCAUACUAAAAGGUUACGUUUCAAGAGUAUAACAAAUAUACAACACUGUUCCGGUGAUAUCAUUGAUAAAAAUGAAAAAGAAGUAAAGUAUAAAGAAAGUGAAAAAAAUGCUUCCCUUUUCACAUUUUUGCACGUUGAACUUACGAGAGGAUAUUUAUUGGAACAUGAUGAAGAGAGAUUUUCAGCCAGAAGGGAAAAAGUUUAUUCUUUCAUAAAAAUUCCUCAAGAGCUAGAAAAAUUUAUGGCUUAUGGAUUUUUUCAAUGUGCAGAUUCACUAUUGUUUGUUUAUACAUUUUUGCCAUUGAGAUUUGUAAUGGCAUUCUGGUCAUUUUUCAAUAGACUUUUUAGAAAAUGCUUUGGGUUCUGUUCUCAUCCUAGAAAAACUAUACUUAAACCUGCAGAGUCAUGUGAUGUACUUAAAGGUUUCAUAUUAUUAAUAUGUAGUAUUCUGAUGUGCUAUAUAGAUACUAACAUGAUGUAUCAUUUAGUGAAGAGUCAAAGUGUUAUGAAACUAUAUAUAUUUUACAACAUGUUAGAAGUUGGUGAUAGAUUAUUUUCUGCAUUUGGACAAGACACAAUUGAUGCCCUGUUCUGGACAGCUACUGAACCCCGUGGCAGAAAAAGGGAACAUUUAGGAGUUAUUCCACAUUUAAUAUUUGCCGUGACUUAUGUCUUUCUUCACAGCUUAUUGGUAUUGUUUCAAGCCACAACACUCAAUGUAGCUUUUAAUUCUAAUAAUAAAAGUCUCCUUAUAAUAAUGAUGUCAAAUAAUUUUGUUGAACUGAAAGGAAGUGUAUUCAAGAAGUUUGAUAAAAAUAAUCUUUUUCAAGUGUCUUGCAGUGAUGUGAGAGAGCGACUUCAUUUAUCAGUACUACUUUUCAUAGUGGUUCUUCAAACUAUGAAGGAAUAUAUGUGGAAGGAAGAGAGGUUCUGGAUAUUGGCACCUGAUUGUGUACUUGUGCUUACAUUUGAAGUGAUAAUUGACUGGGUUAAACAUGCUUUUAUUACUAGGUUUAACGAAAUCCCGUUUGGGGUAUACAGAGAAUACACAGUGAGCCUAGCAUACGACGUGGCACAGACGAGACAGAAGUAUGCCUUUAGUGAUCACUCAGAUUUAGUUGCCAGGAGGAUGGGCUUCAUACCACUGCCUCUAGGUGUUGUGAUAACUAGGGUUUUGGUUCAUGCUGUGAAAGUUGAUGGGUUGGCAGCGGUGCUUUUAAUAUUUAUAGCGUAUUUAUGCCUUAUAUCGAUAAGGGUACUAGUAUCUAUAGUAAUUCUUGGGAAGGCUUGCGAUUUGAUAUCUCAACAUCAAGGGGAGAAAAGUGACAGCCAUCAUACAACGCCUAAACGAGAACCAAAAGAUUGUAAAGAAACUUCAUAUGCUCAAAAGGUUUCUGAAUACGAAACAACAAUUGAGAAAAAGCAAGUUCAGUUAAAAUUUGUUGUACCAGACAACGUUUUAGUGGAACCGCUAGUAGAUGCGUCGGUGGGUGCGGCCGCCAUAUUUUCAAACAGUGCAAUAGACUUGAACGGUGUCUGCUAUCUCAACGACAAAAUGAACGUCCAAGUUAAACAAGAUACCGGAGAUUACAUUGAGCCAGAUUUAGACGUCAGCCGCAGCGCGCCGGAUAUAAAAGCAGCAGCAUCAGCCACCGAGGAGUCAGUCGAGCGGCCGUCGUCUCCCGACGUGGACGGGCUCAAGCGUCGGGCCGAGUCAGAACCCAACCUCGCCAAGAACGAUGACCAAGAGACGACG